GAAAAGGGCUCUACUGGACUGGGCCGGUGUCUCUGGUAGGGAGGGAGGGAGGGAGGAAGAGACACAGAGAGAGAGAGAGAUAGAGAAGGAGGAGAGAGUGUGGGGAACUGCAUAUUGCCCCUUCUCCACAUGCCUGCCCUCUUUGGUUGUGCUGCCCUCAUAACACCUCUACAAUCGAUCCACCUUCCCUCCCCUUCUCCUCUCCUCUCUUCUUCUCCUCUCUUCUACUCUCCUGCCACCCCCUCUUCCUUGGCUACGCUUCAGUCUUGAGACGUCGAGACCCGCACUCGCUACUCGCUACCUGCCUGCCUGCCUCCCUCCCUCCCUCCCUCCCAAUGCAGUCCAAUGAAUGUUCGGACUAAAUUAGUGAAUAGCACUGCAAGUCCGUCUACGAGCUCCGGCCGAGCAAUCGAAUUUCUUCUGCCAAUUGCUCGCUGUUCCCCGUCGCUCAUGCAUUCCUGCGCUGCGGCAGAAGCAGACACGUAGAAGCGAGCCAACCAGAGAAGCAGCAGACGAGAGUUGCACGAGUGCUAGUCUGCGACAGACGCAGACUCAGAGAGAGAGGGAGAGAGAGAGAGAGGGGGGGUUUAAGUGAAUAGUACAUGUCACAGAGACGCGUGGGUGCGGAAGCUGAGAAUUUGGGGCCUUCUUCGUCGAGGGAAAGAAGAAGAAGAAGAAGAAGCAGCAGCAGCGAGCGUGGAGCUAAGGGAAAGGAACUCUGGAGCUUGACAAGGAGACGACAGACUGUCCGAGAAGCGGGCGGCGGAGGAGGAGGAGUAGGAUAUGGCACCGAUGUGCAAGUUUCUGAAAGCACUUUUCCUGGGAAUGGUGUUUCGAAGCAAGUGGCGUCGUUCGUCCAAGUCCAGGGGCCGGAACCGCAAGGGAGGGCAAAUAUUCUCUGUGGGCGACUACAGUCAGGACUUGAGCCGAUUCCCCGCAGAUGACAAGAUUUACGAUGAUGACAUUUUCGGCGUUCUCGGUACGGUUGGCACGAUCGGCACCGUGUUCUGGGGCCAACUGGCUGACGGAUCCGAGAUUGCAGUCAAGAGGUUGGACACGAGCAAAAUGAAAGGCGUGAAGGAAUUCUCGGCGCAAGCCAAAUUGCUGGGAAGCAUCCGGCACAAAAACAUUCUGACUCUGCGAGGCUAUUGCGCCGAGGGCAAAGAGCGGCUCCUCGUGUACGACUACAUGAUCAAUCUGAGCUUGCACACGCACCUGCACGGCUCCUUGUCCUCGAGCCUCGUCUUGGAUUGGUCCAGACGCAUGACCAUCGCCAUCGGUGCUGCCGAUGGUCUCAUGCACCUGCACCACAAAACGAGCCCGCCGACGGUGCACGGAGACAUCAAGUCCAACAACAUUCUGCUGGAUAAGAACUUCGAGGCGAAGUGGGCGGACUUCGGGCUCAUCAAGCUGAUGCAGGAGGCGUGGCUGAUGAAAGGCGGCAGCGAGGGCAUGGCGACGUACUUCGCGCCCGAGUACUCCAAGGGCUCGGCGCGGUCGCUGAGCGGCGACGUGUUCGGGUUCGGCAUUCUGCUGCUGGAGCUGAUCAGCGGCAAGAAGCCAUUGGAGAAGAUGGGCCACGACAAGAAGUCCAUGUGGGAGUGGGCCGAGCCCAUCAUCGCGCAGGGCCGCUUCAACGAGCUCGUGGACCCCAGGCUCAAGGGCCACUACACUCGCGACGAGCUCAACCUCGUCGUCUAUGUCGCCACCAUGUGCGCCCAGUCCGUGCCCGGCAGCCGCCUCACCAUGGUCGAGGCCGUGGACUUGCUCCGCUGCGGCAAUGUGUGCCGCGACCGCGGCGACGACGAGUCCUACAGCGAUUACGACAUGGAGCCUUGAUCAGAUCGCAUCAGAUCGGGUCUGCGCUUUCUCUGCAUGCCUACUUCUCUGCGAGUCAGUUCCUCGAUCGAGCCCUUCGAAAUUCGAAGCUCUGACGGUGGACUCGAUCGUCUCGACGUCGGUCCACAGAAAUCGAAGAAUCGAUGAAGAGAAUGGAAUGGAAAGGAAAGGAAAGGAAAGAAGGAUGAUGAUGGAAACGUGUGUUUAUUGGUGCCACGACAUAUAGAGAGCAGAAGAAGGAUGAUGAUGAUGAGAUUCAAUGUGGGUGGAUUCGUGGAGCGAACAGAACUUCCUUGUACAUAAAUCACAACCGACAGCUGAAAUUGUGCGUUGUUACUCCCAGCAGCAUCGUGCUCGGCCAGGCCAGGCCAGGCCAGGCCAAGGACGUGGCCGAGCACGUUGGAGAAGGAGAAGUGAUUCCGGAGGGAGCGAGCGAGAGAGGAGAAGUUACGUGUAGAUAGCCAGAACGGCGGACCGUCGACGCGCAAAGCAUGGAUUUCAGGAUGACAGUCUAUGAAGUGAUAGUAGGAAGUUCAGUUCAGGUCAGGUCAGUUCAGGUCAGGUCAGGUCGUAGAUCUAUGAGCAUCUUGAGCUGAUGGAUCAUGGAUGGGAUGGGAUGGGAUGGCUUUGCGAGUGGAUUUCAGGACGAAAGUCUAUGACGUGAUAGUGAUAGUGAUAGUGACAGUAGGAAGUUCAGUUCAGCUCAGCUCAGUGCAGGUCGUACGAGAUUUGAGCGUCUUCGGCUUCAGAUGGAUCGUGGAUGGAUUUGUGAGUGGAAGGAUCAGUUUUGUGAGUUGGGUUUAAUUUCGUAUUUUGGAACGAUCUGGAUCCAUGUAGAGGGCAGAGGCCUAAUUCUGGUUCCGGAAGAUGAAGCUACGCCUCAUCUGAUUCACUGAUUCACAACGCAGGCAUGACCCCUUCUCAUGGACUUCGUCCCAGACAAUGUAUCAUAUCUUCUCCAUAGCUUGAGGCUAUAAUGAAAGCUUCUCAGCAGAGUCCGAAGAGCGGCCAAACGGUCCCGAUUCUC